CUCUCUCUCUCUCUCUCUCUCAUUCUCUUUUGCUGCUUGUAAGCGGUCUCUGGGCGUGCAGCCAGCUGGCGUGUGUGUGUUUUUUGAAUGAAUACCUGAUGAAGUUGGCCGAGCAAACCGUGGGAGGGGCCCUGUGUGUGUGUGUGUGUGUGUGUGCGUGUUUGUGUGUGUGUGGUGUAGGGCAGACAGUGUGAGAGCUCUGGCUCACAUUCAGCCCCUUGCAUAAUGCACGUUGGAGCUCUGCAUGCGGGACUCCCUCCCUGUGGGCGUGUGCAAGUGUGUGCUACCAGUUUUGUGUGUGUGUGUGUGUGUGCGUGUGUGUGACAUCACCUACGUGCUGUGUAUCAGUGGUAGUGAGGGAGCUUCCUGCCUCGCUGUCAAGAUUUAGGAGAGGACUGUUGGCUGUGUGUGAGUGAGUGUGUGUCUGUGUGUGUUUGGGUGUGGAGGGGGUGAGGAAGGCCAAGAGCAGUUUGUAGCACAAGUACGCCGAAGCUGCUUUGGAUUUUGGGCUUGAGGGGGAGAGAGAGAGAGAGAGAGAGAGUGAGAGUGAGAAAGAGAGAGAGACUCAGGGUGCUGUGCAAGGGACACGGCAAAAGAGAGGAAGAGAGAAGUUAAGGAAGGAAAGGAAUGAGAGGGGGAGAGAGAGAACAUGCUGCAGAAGUGGGCUUCUCCUGCUACCCUGAAUUGUGCUGGGUGUCAGCAGACUUGCUUUUGCAGGGAAAUGAUUCCACAUGAAGUGCGACACACUCGGCCCCCCGUCGUCUUCGGCGGCAGCAGCAGGUGUGACGUCGUGACACUCUCCCAUACCACACUGAGUUCACCCUUCAGCCGCUAAAGACCCCUGGACCAAACAGAUCGCCCUACCCCUCCCCUCUAACCACCCCUCCAUAUCUUCAUCUCCAUCUUUAAUCCUUCCUCAUCUGCUUUUUAGGGCCUGGAUUUUUUUGUUAUCAAGAGAAAGACCUGAUUCAUGGGCCUUGGGUGGACUAGAUAGAGAGUAAAAGAGAGAAAGGAUUGUGAAGGUUAAUUCAUAGAUAAUUGAAGUAACAAGAGACAGAUCGUUAGUAGUCAGAAUAAGAGACAAGAAAGUGAAAUAGAAAGUCAAAGAGAAAGAGAGAGCAACAAAGAAAAGAAGUCCAGUUAAGGAGUGUAGAGUUAAGGGACGUGAGGCAAAGUCAGCAUGAAGUCCAACCAGGAACGCAGUAAUGAAUGUCUGCCCCCAAAGAAGAGGGAGAUUCCCUCAAGUACUUUACCAUCUGAAAAUCGUUCACCCAUCAUGCCUCCUGCCACUGACAGCCAGCACACAGAGAACAUGACCUGGCUCGCCAGUGUGGCUGGUGGGAAUGAGAGUGGGGUCAGUGGGCAUCGUAGCUCCAUUCAGUCUGACGGGCCCCAGUACAAAUCCCUCUUGUCCACAUCAGACGCUUCACCUUCCUCUUCCUCACUGAGGCUAGUGUCAUCUCUUCCUACAGUGUACACGUCCCCCCUGUCACAGUCCACAGUUGGAGGAACUGUCCAUUACACCCAAUUGCCACCCAACUUGCAGUUUAUAGCCUCACCCUACACUGCUCCAUACACAGGUUACAUCUCCCCUCAACUGCUUCCACCUCCCCCUCCGCCUCCCCCCCUUUCUUCCUCCUCUUUGGCUGCGCAGAGACCUUCACACACAGCGACAGUCUGUGCUCCUUCACAGGCCUCCAAACAUGACCAGCAGAGAGCAUCCACAGGGCGUACCUCCAUGCCUCCACCUCCUACAGACCCCGCCCCUCACCAUGUUCAAAUGUCAACUUCCACACGGACUGUGCCGUCACCUCAUCACCAAGGAGGUGUUCACCUUCCUCCACCUUCACUGCACCACCACCAUGCUUUGGGACAUGGGCUGUCCCAGGUUGUGGUGCAGUAUACAGAUGGACUCACCAGGAAAGAGGAAGUUGAGUCUAAAACCAGAGAGCUCCACAAUGGAGAGCUGGAAAGGGGUCAGCGGUUUGGAGCAUCCCAUGAAACCAGCCUGUCAAAGCCAGGGAGUAAAUCACGAGAUACCGCUUCUUCUUUGUCCUCCUAUGAGGCUCGCCAGCUCGUUUUGCCAUCAGAGUACUCUACUCAUGAUCCCUCAGGACUGAGAACCUCUGUUAUGGUUAUGCCCAAUAGCCACGGGGACCACCACCUGGUACCACCCAGAGUCAGCCCUGAGAAGGUGACAACCUCUGCCCCAGCUCAUCUGGAGAAAGGCGGCAUCAUCCUGGGCAAGCCUAUGAAUCGCACACCCUCCUGCUCCAGCACCUCGUCGUCUUUCACGUUUCCACCCCCAUUAAGUGUCAACAGCCUGAAAGCUGCUGUCAGUACACUGCCGCCCCAGACGGUUAUCCAGACCACCCACAACGCUACGGAGUCAUUGUCAAUGGGUCUCCCCUCCACCAGUAUCUACCCUCAGCCGCCUAUCAUUGGUUACAUUGCAGGGGGCAAUGGGAGCCAGCAUACACCAAUCAGUUACCACACCAGCCUACAGCAGCACUUACUUAUUCCCGGUGCCCAACCGGUCAUUAUCCCUGUUAGUGGAGGUGGAGUUACCACAUUGGAACCUGUAGCCUCUCAUGUAACGUCAUCUACCCAAGCCGCAACAUUUCCCACCACACUCCCACACACAUAUAUUGCGGCCACUGCCCUCAAAGGAGAGACUCUGGAAACCUCCAGUGGCUCGUAUCACCAGGCCGCUUCAGGCGCAGUGGUCCAAGCCCAGCUUCAUCUGCCCAUUGUUCCCGCUCCACCAGGGCUGGUUGCCCCCGCUGCGCCUCCUCCCUCAUCCAGUACGGUGGUGCCCUCCUCACUCCCCCCGUAUUUCAUCAAGGGCUCCAUCAUCCAGCUGGCCGAUGGGGAGCUGAAACGCGUGGAGGACCUGAAGACAGAGGACUUCAUCCAGAGUGCUGAGAUCAGCAGUGAGCUGAAGAUUGACUCGUCCACAGUGGAGCGCAUUGAGGGGAGCCACACCUCACCCAACUUUGCUGUGGUUCAGUUUUCUGUCGGUGAACACCGUGCACAGGUGAGUGUGGAGGUCUUGGUGGAGUACCCUUUUUUUGUCUUUGGCCAAGGCUGGUCUUCGUGUUGCCCUGACCGGACCACCCAGCUUCUGGAGCUGCCUUGCACCAAACUCUCUGUGGGUGAUGUUUGUAUUUCACUCACCCUCAAGAACCUGAGGAAUGGAUCUCUGAAGAAGACCCAACCCCUGGAGCUGGCCACCCCUGCCUCUGUCCCAGCUUCCAGCCAUGGGCACCUCAAACCCCACAGAGCUGUCUUAGACGCUCCCCAAAGCUGCAGUGGAGGUAGCUCCAGGCACAGCGAGCGGGAGAAUGGCAUCAGCCAGCGAGGGGAUGGUGGAAGAGGAAAUGGGAGUGGAAGGGGCACCAACGUGGAAAAUGGAGAUCUCGUGUUUGGGGAAAGAGGCUCACUUUCUAAAGGUCAGGUUGUCAGCAGCACAGAAGCUGGCUCCAGUAAGCCAUUAGGAGGCAGAAAGCGGAGAUGGUCUGCCCCUGAAUGUCGAAAAGUGGAAAAAUCAGAGGAGGAGCCGCCCUUAACCCUGCCCAAACCUUCCUUUAUCCCUCAUGAGGUGAAAGUCAGCAUUGAGGGAAGGUCGAAUAUUGGCAAGUGAAUGCUAGCAGGACUGUUAAAUAACCAUUGGGAUUUGGAAAAAAAACACACAAAAGGAUUCUACAAAAAAAUACACAAAUGCCCA